GCUACCCCCCACACCACUCCGAUGAAUACUUUAUAGAAAAAAAUCUCAUCUGCAGCCAGGAUAAACGCUGAUUGAUAAGAGGGGUAAAUUUGUUUAUUUUCACGCGCUGUUUAAAUAAGAAAAGAAACAUAGACAACAUCAACUGAGUAGAAAUUCUUUAAGCAUUAGCGACAAACACUGCAAACCGCUCGAUCGUGGCGGCGACAAUAGCAACAACAACAACAGCCAAAAGCUAAACGGCAAAAUAUACAAAAAUUGUGUCCCAAAUUUUUGCUGGCAAGACGGACGAAAGGAUGUGGGACUCCUCAAUGUUCUUGAGCACAUUGACGCCAAAGUUUUAUGUGGCACUAACUGGCACUUCUAGCCUUAUAUCAGGCCUAAUACUUAUUUUCGAAUGGUGGUAUUUUCGCAAAUACGGCACCUCGUUCAUAGAGCAAGUAUCGAUCAAUCACAUCAGCCCCUGGAUUAAUGGCAAUGAUGCGCAAUCGGAUAAUGGCAGCAGCAGCAGUGGUUCCAGCAGCAGCAGCAAUGGUGGUUGUGGCUCAAAUGGUGGGGCAGGUGGUUCUGGAGCCAAUUCCAAUUCGGGCAACAGCUCGGGCACACCUGAGUGUAAAGUGUGGCGCAAUCCAUUGAAUCUCUUCCGUGGCGCUGAGUACCAACGCUUCUUUUGGGCCACCAGCAAGGAGCCAUUGACAUACUAUGACAUGAAUCUGAGUGCCCAGGAUCAUCAGACGUUCUUCACUUGCGAGGGCGAUGCUGGCAAAGAGGAGUAUGAAAUAAUGCAGACGGCGUGGCGUGAACGCAAUCCCAUGCAGCGUAUCAAGUCGGCACAUAAUGCGCUUGAAAUAAAUGCGGAAUGUGCACCGGCCUACAUACUCCUAGCCGAGGAGGAGGCUAUGACCAUAUUGGAGGCGGAGAAGAUACUCAAGACAGCACUCAAAGUAGCCGAAAUUAAUUAUAGGAAGUCGCAGGCGACACAGCACCAGGGCUCCAUAGCGGACGGUGUGCAUCGCAGGGAUACGAAUGUGUUGAUCUAUAUCAAGCGGCGCCUGGCCAUGUGCGCCCGAAAGCUGGGAAAACUGAAGGAGGCGGCCAAAAUGUUUCGCGAUCUAACAAAGGAGAUACCCUCGAUCAUGAGUGUGCUGAACAUACAUGAGAACUUGAUUGAGACACUGCUCGAGAUGCAGGCAUACGCCGAUUGCCAAACGAUCCUUGCCAAGUACGAUGAUAUUUCGCUGCCCAAAUCAGCGACAAUUUGUUAUACAGCCGCAUUGCUUAAGGCGCGCGCCGUUGCUGAUAAAUUCUCACCCGAUAUUGCAUCGAAGCGUGGCCUGAGUCCGGCUGAGAUGAGCGCCGUCGAAGCCAUACAUCGUGCGGUUGAAUUCAAUCCGCAUGUGCCCAAAUAUUUGCUGGAGACAAAGCCAUUGAUACUGCCGCCGGAGCAUAUAUUGAAGCGUGGCGACUCGGAGGCCUUGGCGUAUGCGUUCUUCCAUUUGAAGCACUGGAAACAGGUGGAGGGGGCAUUGAAUCUGUUGCAUUGCACCUGGGAGGGCACAUUCCGUAUGCUGCCGCAUCCAUUGGAGCGCGGACAUCUUUUCUAUCCAUAUCCGACGUGCACCGAGUGCGCCGAUCGUGAGCUGCUGCCGGCCUUCCAUGAGGUCUCCGUCUACCCGAAAAAGGAAUUACCCUUCUUCAUCCUGUUCACGGCUGGUCUCUGCUCAUUCACGGCUCUAUUAGCCCUGCUCACGCACCAGUACCCGGAGCCAAUGGGGCUGCUGGCACAGACCGUACUUACCUGGAUAUUGUAUCCGAUACAGUUGCUCAAGGAGCGCAUCGAGGCAUUCUGGCCGUGCAACUUGCUCCAGCAAUUGUCACGUGUUUAAUUUAGCUAAAACGAAAGCCACAACGCACACACACACACACCCGCUCUCUCGACACUUACACACAGACACACACAUAUAAUUACACCGACAACACACACUUCCCACUCAAAAUAAAAUAGGGCAUCACAAGGAUUAGGCAUCCAAAG